UCAACCAUUCACCUCGAUACGUUACAACGCGUUGCACGCGUGUUGGCUCCCGCCACGGCGCACUGUUCGAUCUGCGCCUUGAUGCCUUAAUCCUAAGCGUUCUCUUGAAUGACGACGACAAUCGCCUGCCUUUUUGAGCCCGCAUCUCAAUCGAUAAGCGCUCGUCGCAAUGGCCGAAUUCAACGAACAGAAGACGCCUUUGACCCUCGCCAACAUUCAAACUUGGGCGCGGUAUGAAUUCCCAGAGCCUUUCAAGGCAUUGCCGCGCGCUUCGAGAGUCGCCUACAUUGAUAUUGACGAAACAUCAUUCAAUCGCGUGAUCCAGAGGUCGCUCGGUCGCUCUACACACAAGAAAUUGCUCGUGAUUGGCGACUACGCCCCCGGCGACGAUGUCGAAGACUCCAAGGUCGUCGCACAUGUUCAUGAGCAUGACACCGAGAUUACAUUCUACCGCCUGAGUGAAGACACCAUCGAAGGCAAGCCUGAAUUGCAUCCCGUCCGCGCUACGAGCAACGUCGCGUUCUACUCGCCGUUCAGCAAAGUCGGUGACGAUACUGGUGGCUCGAAAGCUAUUCACCGGGUAUCAGCCAUCAUCCUGUACUACUUUUUGGCUUCAGAACUUGUCACCGAGCUGGUCAGACACAAGAACGAUUCCCGAUGGUUCGCCAAGAACUUCAGAGAGGCUUGCGACUGGAUCGGCAACGACGGCGACCGGCCAUCAACAGCAUCGAGACCGGGCACUGCACGUCGGGAGAGUGACAAGGACAGCAGUUUCGAACUGCCCACCAAAAUCAAGCGCGAGAGGGAGGAAUACACACCACAGGGUACUCCCAAGCCGAAGCGUAUCAAUCAUUCACGAAAGGCCUCGCUAGUAUCAGAAUGUGUACCAUCGCCCGCGACUGAAUUCUUCCCAACAAAAAGACGCCCUAGCCAUGUUCGAAAGCCGUCAAACCUGUCAGAAGGCAUAUUAUCUCCGACGGAUGAGGUACUUGCUGACGAGACCAUGCUCAAGCAUGCUUACAGCGGCUUACAACAGGAGUGCGCACAGAUCAAAACGAAAUUGGCUGCAACGAAAGAAAGGAUGAGACUAGCCGAAGCCCUUGUUCACAGCCGCGAUAUCGACCUGCAUCUGUCAAAAGUCCGUGUCGAGCGCGCAGAAAGGGACGCAGCCGCUGCAAGAAAAGAGCUGAAUGAUCUGAAGACGAGUCUACUGAAGGACAUCGAAAAGGUCAUUAUGAAUAAGUUCACGGGAGGUUCGGUGUCUUCGGACAACUCGGAGAUGUCGUCGGCCUAGUGGGUCGGGCAUGCUUCUUUGCCUCGCUCACGUUUUGAGUAUGGCUGUUUUUACGAGAGCGUUCAGCGCGCGCGAUACCCCUUUGCAGUUUGGUCCUGCCUCACGAAGCUUCAUUGUAUAUAUUCCCAGCAUU